ACAGGUGCGCUCACCUGGCGCGCAGGUACGCUUUUAGCCGCUCGCUCCCGCCGGAUUCCUCGGGCUUCUACUCGCGCGUCUCCAUCUCUCUCCCACCUGCGCCAUGGCCAACUCGGGCUUGCAGCUGCUGGGCUUCACGUUGUCUUUGCUGGGCUGGAUCGCCGCGCUGGCGGCCACCUGUAUGCCCCAGUGGCAAAUGUCUUCCUUCUCCGGGGCGAACAUCAUCACCGCGCAAGCCUUCUACAGGGGCCUCUGGAUGGAGUGCGUCUAUCAGAGCACGGGCCAGAUGCAAUGCAAGAACUACGACUCCAUCCUCAGCCUCGACUCGUCUCGCCAAGCCACCAGGGCACUGAUGGUGGUCUCCCUGGUACUGGGGGUGAUUGGCAUGGGCGUCGCCACCAUGGGCAUGAAGUGCACCAAUUGCGGGAGCGAGGACAAGGUGACGAAGGCUCGGAUUGCCAUGACAGGAGGCAUAAUCUUCAUGGUUGCAGGGCUGUGCGCACUCGUCGCUUGUUCGUGGAUCGGGCACCAGACUGUGACGGAUUUCUACAACACCAUGGUGCCGACCAAUGCAAAGUACGAAUUCGGAUACGCCAUUUUCAUCGGAUGGGGGGGCGCUGCCCUGCUGCUCUUAGGGGGCGGGCUCCUUUCCUGCUCCUGCCCUGGGAAGACCGCCUACAGGGGGCGCCAGUACCCCCAGGGGAAGCCCAUCUCCAAACCUCCCAGCUCCAAAGAAUAUGUCUAGUGCUUUUGAUUGACAGUUCCUUCACCCUUUCCCCGACGCCUAGAAUACCACUGGACCAGAGGCGUGAAAAGACCACCCUGAACUUUUUGGGACGACCUCCGCGACUCCUUCCCCCACCCUAGAGAGGCGUUUUUAAAUGUUUCCUCAUUUCACACCAGAUUUUUCUUUUUUUACUAAAUAAUGCUAUUUGUUAGCUUGCGAUUUCCCCGUGUAAUUCUUUUGCUAAUGGAUAGGAAUGAUGGUAAGUGAUUAAUGUAUGAUGAUGUAAACACAACACUUCCACGCCGACUUAUUGGGGACACACACAGAUAAUUUGUUAAUUGAACUCUCUUCUCCACCUACCACCCCCGCAGACUCCCAAAUAAAUAUAAUUUUUUUUAAUAGAUUACUCAGGGACAUAUAUAUAGUUGCGACAGAACUAAAACACAGGACCCAGUUCCCUUACGUUUGUUUGAAAGCAGCUCCUGAACUGGGAAGACUGGAGAAUUCAGCACUUAACUGUGCGUCUGUAUUGGGUCGUUGAACACCAGCAAAUUGAGCUUUGAAACAACGGUUCGUUUCUCUUUGGGGUGUUUACAUCUAUCUGUCGUACAAUCAUAUAUAUUUUUUUUUCGGGUGGGGGGAGAAUGAAUGGAGCCCUACUGGAAAACCCCCAGUGAUAUCUGUAACUGUGUGUAAGUAUACAGAACAUUCACUUUGGGGCGAGUAGAAAUGGUUUAUACUGUAUUAGGAAGGCUGUUCUGCAUGGUGGGAAGUGUUGAGGUUGGCAGGAUUAGACCCUAAUUGCUUCGUCUGGUGUUAGAGGCAAGUGUGAAGGUUUGCUUUGCUGCAGAAAUCAUUGGUGGUUUUUUGUGUACACAAAUACCCCUGAUUUUAUACACACACACACACACACACACA